ACUAAACAAACAUAUCUCAAGCCUAAGCCCUAAAUAAAUAGCCCAGCCCAAACAGUCUCUGAUCCUAACAGCAAUUCACAACCGCUCUCAUAUUCAUAUCCGUGUCUUCUUCUUCUUCUUCUUUAUUCUUUAUCCAAAAAAAAAAAUACAGAGUCAUUGCUGUGUAACUUCAACACCAUGAACAGCUUAACGGCGAGCUUCACCGCUCGAAUAUACGCCACACGCCGCGACGCAAUUCCGUUACGACACCGUUCAAUUCACCAAUUCAUUAACAGACGCGUCACUGUUCUUCCCACCAGAACUACUCUCACUUCUACUAGAUUCGUAUGCAUGGCGGAACCUUAUCUUUUAUUGAAGCUUGAAUCUGCUGAGAAAACAUGGAAAGAAUUAUCGGUGAAGCUUGCUGAUCCAGACAUUGUUUCUAAUCCCAGCGAGUAUCAGAAGAUAGCACAAUCGGUGUCAGAGCUUGACGUGGUUGUGUCCAUGUAUCAGAAAUUUAAAGACUGUGAGAAGAUGCUUGAAGAAGCCAAAGCUUUAUCAAAGGAUGAUGGCAAUGACGAGGAUAUGGCGGAAAUGAUAUCUUACGAAAUUGAAUCUUUGUCCAAGCAACUCACAGAGCUAGAGGACAAGCUGAAGGUUUUACUGCUUCCCAGUGAUCCUCUGGAUGCAAGAAACAUAAUGCUUGAAGUAAGAGCAGGUACUGGUGGCGAUGAGGCUGGGAUAUGGGCUGGUGAUCUUGUCCGAAUGUAUGAAAAAUUUAGUGAACGUAAUUCUUGGAAGCAUUCUGCCAUCUCAUUCUCUGAGGCAGAAAAAGGGGGGUUCAAAACUUAUGUGAUGGAGAUAAAAGGAAAUCGUGUCUACAGUAAAUUAAAAUACGAAUCUGGUGUCCACCGAGUUCAGCGUGUUCCUCUAACAGAAACACAGGGCCGCGUACAUACUUCUACUGCAACAGUGGCCAUUAUGCCAGAGGUUGAUGAAGUUGAAGUCACAAUUGACCCAAAAGAUAUUGAAGUGACAACGGCACGUUCUGGGGGUGCUGGAGGCCAGAAUGUUAAUAAGGUUGAAACAGCAAUUGAUCUUGUUCAUAAACCAACGGGAAUCCGCAUCUUUUGUACUGAACAAAGGACACAGAUUCAGAACAAGAAUCUUGCUUUUAAGUUACUGCGAGCCAAACUAUAUGAGAUAAAGGUAAGGGAGCAACAAGAGUCAAUACGAAAUCAAAGAAAAUCACAGGUUGGUACAGGAGCACGUGCAGAAAAAAUCCGGACCUACAAUUUUAAGGACAACAGGGUUACUGACCACAGAUUGAAGAGGAACUUUGAGCUCACCUCUUUUCUAGGUGGUGACAUAGAGGAUGCUGUUCAGUCUUGUGUUUCAAUGGAACAAAAGGAGCUCAUGGAAGAACUUGUUGAGUCUAUGGGUGCUCCUGCUAGAUAAAGCGCAGUAGAUUUUGCCCAUGUAUAUUGGUGCUCCUGCUAAAAAAUCUAUUUAUGGACUUCCCAUUAGGUUAAGAUCUGCCAUAUAUAUUGUUCUUCUGAAUAUGUCCCAUCGAAAGUUUGGCACAUACCGAGUUGAUUGAUAGUCCAUGGGUCAAUAUGGAUGUAACACUUGAAUAAUUCUGUUAGUAAAAAUCUGUUUCAUUAUGUAAAGUGAUGUAAUUAACUUCUUACAUUUUGUGCUCAUUGCAUUGUAAUGAUCUUAUGUGGUACUGAAGUAUGAGUUUGAUUUCCA